UUUCAUAUGUAUUCAAAAAAAAUGUUAUGUGAAAAAUGGUCAUUUUCACCACACUGCACCACAACUCCUUUUUUUUAUGCGUAAAACAUAAUUUCGUAUCACAAUUACUCUCCAAACUCUCCAACCCAUUGUCACGAUACACCCUGUACUGAAGAAAAAAUCUGUUUUCAAACAAAACGUAGUGGUGUGCGUGAAACAAACGCAGCCGACGCACGCACACAUAUGCACCCAACCGACACAUUUUAAAUGACACAAUCAACUCACUGACACGGUUGGCUCCGGUUUGGUUUUUCCCUCGCAAAUUUUUCAACACCAGAUUUAUCGUAUUUCCAGUGAAUCCCGUGCCCGGCAAAUAUUUGUACACCUCAGUUUAGCCAGUGUGCCAUCGUUAGUGACAAGGUUCGUGCCAGUGUUAUGUCCCUGCACGGUGUAAAAUUCGUUUUGCCGGUUUCACUCAAUUUGCUCCAGUGAGAACGACACAGCAGACGGCCAUUUUGAACGGCGGCUCACUGUUUCUUUGUUUCACGGAACCAGUGAGCGAACGGGUUCACAUUGCAUGCGAGUGGUACCGUCGCGGUUUGGCGGAGUUUUGUUGCUAAACAAUUAUCGCUCAUCUUGUGUGUGAUGACAGAUUUCGUGUAACGGUAGUGUCGGUGGUUUCAAAGCGGGUGAAAAACAAUAGAUCAUUGUAGUGAUAAUUGUAUGGCCCGAAGUGAGAGGAAAAAUUCCGCCAAAAGUCUCAUCCGAGCGAACAGUGAAGACGGUACAACACCAACACAUAGAUCGGCGCUCGUACGUGUGUGUGUGAGAGUGUGCGUGAAGCAGACGUCGUAGAAGAGAAAGAGACGGCGAACGGUCGUUCGUGGUCUGGAGUCGGUACGAACACGCAUCGACGUUUAGUUACUGACGAGAGCGUGCGAAGAUCAGUCUGUAGCAGCGCGCGAACGAACAGUUGGUGAAAAGGAACCGUUCAAAGAAUUUAUUCUGUUUUCUUUUUGUUUAUAACUGCCUAGUUCUAUCGUUUCGGGUCGGUGUUGUUUCUGUUUUCUUCGUUCGGUUUUUUUUGUGCACCGUUUCUUCUUACCCCGCUCGGGCCCCCAUAAUAAGUGUGUGAAUUGUCCCUGUUUCCGGUUGCCGGGAACGGUUUUGUUUAUCUUUCGGUGCUUCGAGUUUGGAAACGUAUCACGCUCAAAGGCGGCUACCUAACCGAUCCAGAUGCGUACAAACGUGACACGGUACGCAUUGUUCAGUGAAGCAGCGAUGGAAAGAACAACUCGUCGUUAGCUUACGAAUUAUUCUUGUGCACGAAUUUCGAUCCACCGGUGUCACGCACGGGUUGGACCCCCGACAUCGGCCUCAUUGUGUGUCGCGUUGUGUUAAAGUGUAAUUGUUUUGUCUCAUAGCGGUAACGUAAACGAGUACAAAGCUGCAAGAAUUUUUAAAAGGAAAAUACCAGAAACGUUAAAUAAAAAAGGGCUUCAAAAUGUACGACCUGGAGGAUACGACCAGCGGAUUCCACGACGUGCUGAGCAAAUACGGUAACUCAAUGUCCACAAUGUCGGACCUGUACAUCACCGACUCGAUGCAGGAUAUGCUCGAUAUCGACAUCAAAUCGGAGGUGACGACGGUGGUGGGCGGUGUCAAUGAGUUUGUGUCGCUGAUGAACUACGAUCUACCCUCACUCGAGCUGGACUCCAACUCACUCGAUGGGGAUAGUUUCUUCAGCAGCACGCUCGGUAUGGCCAGCAACGAUCUCUACCCGGAGGUGGGAACCUGUGCCAAUCCGAACAACGUAAUGCCCGUCCUGUCGUCCACCGCGAUGCCCUUCCCGACCGGCAGCAUCCUGUCGGGUUCGUCCGGAUCCUCGUCGACGAUGAGUGCCCUGGUCGCGGCCCAAUCGCUACUCAAGUCGCCGAAACAGAACAUUAACCUCAACACGACCGUGCACGGUGCGGCCGGUACGAAUCCAACACUGCCCAGCCCCAAGGAACGGAAAAGCCAUCUUACCUUUUCGCCCAACACGAUCAAAGUGUCGACGGUGCAGGAACCGAAGAAGAUCUCCAGUCUGGCACAGAUUACACGAGUAAGCACCGGUACCGGUGGUACCAUCUCCUGCACGACAUCCCUUGCCCCGUCGACACCGGUUGACAACGUGCGCAAGGAUCUGACCGCACAGAUGACGCUGAAGGAGGAAACGAUCAUCGUACGCAACGGUGUGGUAGCGAAGAGUGCGAGCGAUCACUUUAUGGCAAGCGGGAAUAAUGUAACGAUCGGUGAAACGACCGUCGUACACCGGACAACUUCGACCGGCACGCCGGGCCUGGGUGUGGGACUGGGUAAGGGUAAUACCGUCAAGUUGGCGCACGGCAUCGGAGCGCUCACGUUUGCCAACAGCGUACCGUACAAGAACAUAAAGAGCGUACAGAAGGUUAGCAACGGCAUGGGCCUGAACAAUGGUGCUGCCAGUCCGAAAACGUUUAACCGUAGCAUAAUCAUGGAACAGGUGGCAAAUGGUAAACCGGGCAGUGGCAUCGUCACCGUAACGCAUGGUGGCUCUCCGACGACAAUGAUCGCGAGACAGAUGCAGCGCGCAAUGACACCGACCGGGCCGAAGCAGAAACCGAUCAAGUCGGCUGGAGGAGUGCAGGGAGGCGGUGAAAGUGAAUUCCCCAAACCGGCCUAUUCCUACUCGUGUCUGAUCGCGAUGGCGUUGAAAAACUCUCGCUCCGGUUCACUUCCGGUGUCGGAGAUCUACAGCUUCAUGUGUGAACAUUUCCCAUACUUCAAGACGGCCCCGACCGGCUGGAAGAACUCCGUCCGGCACAAUCUAUCGCUGAACAAGUGUUUCGAGAAGAUCGAAAAGCCAGCAAUGAACGGAGGCCAACGGAAGGGUUGUCUUUGGGCGAUGAACCCAGCGAAAAUAGUGAAGAUGGACGAGGAGGUCCAGAAGUGGUCCCGGAAGGAUCCGCUGGCUAUACGCCGGGCAAUGGUUCACCCGGAACAUCUGGAAGCACUCGAACGGGGUGAAAUGAAGCACGGUUCAACCGGUGACGAUGAUCUGGACGUGGAGGAAGAUCUCGAAAGCGAUGGUGGACCGUCCGAUGUGGAUGCGGAAGAGGUGGACGAGGAGGUGGUGGAUCCGGAGGAGGAAGAUGACGAGGAGGAGGAAGAGGAAGAGGAUGAUGUGGAGUUGAUCGAGCCGCAGCAGGAAACGAUCGAUGUCGAUGCGGAAAGCUUCAUCAUCAAUACGCCGGAAUCGUUGAUCGACGGUGACGAGGACGGUGGUGAUCCGGUUGAUUUCGAACUAGAGGUUCCCGACUUCUAUGAAAAUAUUAACGUAGAUUCUAAGGACAGUACGCUUGCGCUAGAGUUCACCCAGCAGGAUCUUCUAUCGCUGGAAGAUGAAGAUGAAUCGCUUUACAUUAAUCAACUACAGCAACAGACACGGCUUGGAGCGGUAAGUGUGCCGCAACACCAGCAGGCGCAGCUAGUGCAACAAACGCAGCUGGUAAACCAUCAUCACCAUCAACAUCACCGUCAGCAACUGCAACAACCGCCAAUGAAACGUGCACGGCUCGACAUUAACUAUUCCAUAUCGCCCGCCUCAAAUGGUACUGCCAGCCUGGUAAAUGUUAUUUCCACCCGCCAACCAACGGUAGUGCACGGUAGUGGCAACAACUCAGUCACCGUGACACCGGUCAACGGUGGCAACGGUGUAAUGAGCUUUCAGCAACACUUUCAACAGCAGCAAUUACGGCAACAACAUCAGCAGGGAACGAUCCGGCGGAAGGUACCGAUCAUAACACGGUUGGCUUAAUCGAACACAGACGCACACACACACACACUAACUGACUAAUGUGAUGCCAACUAACCACACAACAAUAAUGGGGUAAGUUGCACUCAACCAUCCCAAUGCUGUAAAGUGAUAUCGUACGACACACGAAGAUCGUGUUGCUACACAGAAUAACACUGAGUUCUCGGACACGUGUCAGGAAUCAAAAGUGGUGUUGUGUUCGGUUUGCGUUAAGCCAAUAAUGAUCUUUCUUUAGUAUUUAGUGUAUUACUGUUACUUUUAAAAGCAAAGUUAAUACCGGUCGCCCUGCAUAAAAACAAAGCAAAAAAAAAAAAACGAUCGCAAAAAAUGGAAGCUAAUUCACAAACCGAUUUAGAAUUAAUAGUGCUGCGUCCCACUUAGUGUGAUCCUCAUUAUCAUCGUUUUGCGUUGUUUCAACAAUCGUUUAUACCCCUUGUACAACAAAGAAUGUACAGUAGUAGUAAUAGUAAUAGUAGUAAUACUAGUUAGGAGCUAAGAUAAAGAAAGGGACACAACAAUACAAAACGAUCAUCGUCAUCAGUUUUAUCCUUUCGUUUUACUACAAAACUCACCAACACUACUCCGGUGUGCGUAAAGUAAUUGUUUAUUACAACAACAAAACAAAAAUGGAGAAGCAACCAACAAAAACACAAAACAAUACAAAUUCACUGCCAGUAAUGAGAUGCUGUAACUGGUCACGUUUCGAAGCGUUAAAAAGUGCCGACAUAAACUAAAAACACCACAAAUUCUUCAAACAAAAAAAGAAGAAACUCCUCUUACACAGCCGGUUGUCGUUUUUCAAGUGCUGAUGAAGGCAAAAAAGCAAUAGAGAAAGCAAUCAGAAAACACACAAACUUAAUUACAAAAGCAAAACAGAACGAUUGAAUGCAACUGGAAAGGAAAAGGAAAGUAAUGUAUAGCUACUAGACGAAGAUGUUCGAUUACUACCGUUUAGCUCUGUUGUAAGUUGUUCAGAACUAAGUGUCACUAAUCGUCAAAUGAAAAAAGGGGUUCGUCGUUCACUUGCAAAACCACACACAAAAACUCCGAUACAAAUCGUAUACCUGAUCGCAAAAAUGUACGUACAAUCGCGCUUCUUGCAUUAUACUCUUAAUACAAAUACUGUGUAAAAAGCACACACACGCUUUUCGUUUUCUCGUUUGUUGUUAUCUUUAGGGGAUUCAGAAUGAUAAGAAGCUAGAGGGGGGGAAAAACAGAGGUAAUGAAUUUUUCUUUUGUUUUUUGUUCUUUCCCCCCAAAAAAAUAAUGUCUAAUGUGUGGUACGUCUAAAUACAAAAUUGCCAGAACAGUAUUUACCCGAAACACGGAUGAACGGUGGUUAUUAGCGGUGAUCGAAGCCGUGAAGGAAUUGAUUUUACACUUCAAUUUUAAAUUGCAAUGAUUUUCUUGAGUUUUGUUUUUCUGAUGAGCGUGUUUUUUUCUUACUUUUUAUUUUAUAUUUCCUGUUAUUGUGUGCUCAUCCAACGGCUAAACUCAAGGGCGCAACACCUUAGCGAUCGGGGUGAAUCUAAGCGUUUAAAAAUUGAAAUGGAAAAUCAAUCUAUGAAAUUGAUAUACAUGUGCUACUUUUAGGGAAAGGGAGAGACAGAAAGAGAAAGAGAGAGAGAGAGAGAGAGAGAGAGAGAGAGAGAGAGCGA